GAUCUAACCGCGUCAAGUCGUACCUUCGAUACAUACGAGCUGCUAUCGACAUUUUGGAUAACACCUAGGAUCAAGCACCACCCAAACAUAACCCAUCGACCCUACGCGCAUUCAAACCAAGCAGUCGCUGCUUCUUUCACUAUGCCUUACAACAAUACACCAAUAGCGCCAAACAAGGAGAUUACGGGCCAUGUAUCGCUUCCUCUCGCACGCGUGCAAAAGAUCAUACAAGCGGACCCCGAACGCAUUACAACCUCCAAGAAUGCCGCCUUUGCCAUCGCACUAGCGACAGAAAUGUUCAUUCAGCACCUUGCGCAAACUACACACAAUGUUGUCAAAGCCGAACGUAAGCCACGGCGCAACAUCCAAUACCGCGAUGUCAGCAGUGCGAUAGCGAAGACGGAUAAUCUAGAGUUCUUGGUCGAUGUUGCGCCCAAGACGAGCACAUGGGGAACCGUGAAGAAGAAGCUGGAAGAGAAAGAGAAGGAGGACGCUAAGAAGAAGGACAAGGAUGGUCAGAAGGACGGAGUGGUGAAUGGACAGAAGACAUUGGAUGGCCCUGUUGACACGGCCGAGGUGGGCGCGGGUAAGGACAAGGACACAGAGACGCCUACCAACGGCGAUGCAACCAUCUCGCCUACGCCAGCGAAACCAGACGAGACGCCCGAUGCCAUGGAGGUCGACCAGGAGGUCGAGCGGGUAGAGGACAGCGAGCCAGAAGAGGACGCUGCAGCGAUGCAAAUCGAGAUGGAGAUGCGCGGCCCACCUCGCCAACCUACGGCGAGUGCAAGCAAGAGUCCAGAAGCUAGGCGGUCAACCGGUGGAUUUACUGCGAUUAAUGGUCAAAAGUGAAUCCGCUAGGACGUGAAGAGCAGAGAGAGAGGCGACGUUCUAGACGAAUGUUAUCUUGCAUUGCAUAACGGCGUUAGCUGGAUAUAUCAUGGGAAUAGCGCUGGGUUGUUUGAACAACGAUCUGCAUCAGGACUUCAUGUAAGAACAUGGA